UCUAAUCCCUUAUUUUAGGAAGAAAUUAUAUUCGACCAGGAGCUCUUGAGGAUUACGGUAGUGCAAAAAAUACUGUGUGAAAUCUCAAAAAACUCAAACACAUUAUUCUGAUUUAUAAAUUGAGUAAAUUUAUUGUGUUCAAACGUUAUACACUUCAUUGAGGAAUUUAAAGUAAAUUUUUAGAAAGCAAAAAGCUUCGAAAGAUGCAACAACAGGAAAGCACAUCGUCAACUCCUUCAGCUCAUCGAGAUGAACCAAUGCAAGAUCCGGAGUCUAAAUUAGGAAGAGGAAAGAGGGUUUGCAGACCUAAUAUUAAGUUUACUCCUUCCCAAUAUGAUGCCUUGAAGUCAGAUCAACAAUUAAGUACUGCAGCUAAUCUUCAAGAAACUCCCGUCAACACAGGGGCGGAUGAGUUGAGACACAGAGAGAAACUUGAUUUCCUUCAUAAAAGAGAUGCAGAUUCAGACUCCGAAGAUGAGACUGCAAUAUCCAAAUUACUUGUGAAAAAAAUAAAGCAAGGAAAAAAGCAUGUUGCUCAAACAAAUGACGAUCUCUGUUACCACGCUGCUUUUGGGAAUAGUGCAGAGAAGGGUAAGUCUCUUCGAGACAUCCUAACAAAAGAAGUUGUCACUGAAUGUGAAACUCAGACUACUGAGACUGGUGACCCAUACUUAAAAGUAGAAGAGCUAAAAAACGAGAACGAUAAGCUGUUGAGGGUUAUAGUUACUCAGUUGGAGGAGAUAGCGGCUUUGAAAGAAGCAAAUAUAUCUAAUUCAAUUAGUUUACAACAAUCCACCUCAUAUGAAGGACCUACUCUCGACCAGAUUCGAAAUGUUAUUUCAGAAGCUAUUGCCCCUGUACAAAAGGAACUCAGCAUAAUGAAAAGAAAUAUUGAGAAUCCAACAGAUGCAGCGUUGGCAGCUUUUGGUGAUGCUGACAGUAGGGUUACUUUUGCCGGAGUCGACAUUUCAAACGGAAUGUUGGUAUUGGCGAAAGAUAGUAACAAACUGUCAGCUAGAAUAACGAAUUUAGUAAGAGGCUAUUGGUCACCGGAGGUAUUGGCUGUGGCCGGGUAUAAUAAACCAAAAAAUGUCACUGAUGAAGAGUACGUGCAAGUAACAGAUGAAGAUAUUCGAAAAAUUCGACGUAUUGUCAUACAACUCGAAAAGGACGACACUACAAAAUUAAGUUUAACAGAAACAGAUUUAAGUUUUAAAAAUAUAAAAACUCGGGUUCUACAGUCGGUAAAAGGUACGAAGAAGUAUUUGUAAGGCUGCGCCUAGGGAUCACAUCUAAGUCUCAGUUUUUUGUCUUAAUUUGAUAUCUUUAAAAAACUGUGAAUAAAUAUGCAUGUAAUUUAUAAUUUUUGUUUGGCCAUACUGUGAGUCACGGUUGGCCCACCUUCUCAAUAAUUCAAUAAACCCACAGUUAAAUUCAAAAUAUUGUACUGACUACUAAGAACUAAUUGAAAGAACUAAGAAUGUAGUUGCUGCAAUAAAAUAUUGUGAAUUACUGUGAAUUACCUUGACUUAUCUUGA